CCUGCCACCGGAAUGCAGGCUUCCCUUCCUUGGAAGCCCCUGAGAGACUGAGUGAAGCGGGAAGGAACCCGGUCUUAGCCUAAAAACGCUCAAGGUGCACGUGGCGUGAGGAGCGCACCGGUUUUUCCAACUCUUCAGAGUUAAGGAGGGGCUCCACAUGCACUAGAGUGGUGCUCAGCAUGGCGGGCGUCCCAGGGCUCCUCUUCCUUCUCCUCCUCCUCUUCUGUGCUCUCGGGCAGGGGAGCCCCUACAGUGCCCACUGGAAACCCACUUGGCCUACUUACCGCCUCCCUGUCGUCUUGCCCCAGUCCACCCUCAACUUAGCCAAGCCAGACUUUGGGGCUGAAGCCAAAUUGGAAGUGUCCUCCUCAUGUGGACCCCAGUGUCAUAAGGGAACGCCACUGCCCACUUAUGAAGAGGUCAAGCAGUACCUGUCUUAUGAAACGCUCUAUGCCAAUGGCAGUCGCACAGAGACACAGGUGGGCAUUUAUGUCCUCAGCAGUGGCAGGGGUGAGUCUUCGGGAAAGUCUCGGAGGAAGCGGCAGAUUUAUGGCUAUGACAGCAGAUUCAGCAUCUUUGGGAAGGACUUCCUGCUCAACUACCCCUUCUCAACAUCAGUGAAGUUAUCUACAGGCUGCACUGGCACCCUCGUGGCAGAGAAGCACGUCCUCACAGCUGCCCACUGCAUACAUGAUGGAAAAACCUAUGUGAAAGGAACCCAGAAACUUCGAGUGGGCUUCCUGAAGCCCAAGUUUAAAGAUGGUGGCCGAAGGGCCAACGACUCCAGCUCAGCUGUGCCCGAGAAGAUGAAAUUUCAAUGGAUCCGGGUGAAACGCACCCAUGUGCCCAAGGGUUGGAUCAAGGGCAAUGCCAAUGACAUUGGCAUGGAUUAUGACUAUGCCCUCCUGGAACUCAAAAAACCCCACAAGAGAAAGUUCAUGAAGAUUGGAGUGAGCCCUCCCUCCAAGCAGCUGCCAGGGGGCAGAAUCCACUUCUCUGGUUAUGACAAUGAUCGACCUGGCAAUUUGGUGUACCGCUUCUGUGAUGUCAAAGAUGAGACCUAUGACCUGCUCUACCAGCAGUGUGAUGCCCAGCCCGGGGCCAGCGGGUCAGGGGUCUAUGUGAGGAUGUGGAAGAGACAGCAGCAGAAGUGGGAGCGAAAAAUUAUUGGCAUCUUUUCAGGGCACCAGUGGGUGGACAUGAAUGGCUCUCCACAGGAUUUCAACGUGGCUGUUAGAAUCACCCCUCUCAAAUAUGCCCAGAUUUGCUAUUGGAUUAAAGGAAACUACCUGGAUUGUAGGGAAGGGUGACACGGUGUUCCUUCCUGGUGGCACUUAAUGGUCUUCAUGUACUUAUUUUAGGAGAGGCCAAAUUUUGUCAUUGGUGUGUGUGUGUGGAUGUGUGGAUGUGUGUAAUGCGUCAAAUAUCUUUUAUCUAAUUUUUUAAAAUUGCAAGAUGACUGGCUUUAUUAUUUGAAAACUGGUUUGUGUAUCAUAUAUCAUUUAAGCAGUUUGAAGGCAUACUUUUGCAUAGAAAUAAAAAAACAUCCUGAUGUUUGGGGCAAUAGGGAAAACUUAGCGAUUAUAAGUUAAUCUUUCACUUUUUGAGAACUUUGAUUUUUAUUUCAUCUGAACUUGUUUCAAAAGUUUAUAUUAAAUAUGUGACAUAUGGGAGAUAUAAAUUCUUAUGUGUGUAUGUGUGUAUUUUCUCCUGAGAUUCAUCUUGGUUUUUGGUGUGUUUUUUUUAAUGCCUCAUCAUUAAUGUUUCCAGAUGGCAGUGUUCCCCACCACAUACAACCCUCAGGAAUUUUCACAAUACUUCUUAGACAGCAGUUAUAUUUUGGGUUUAGGGCAUUUGCGCAGUAGUCCUUGAUCAGUAAAAUAAUUUAACUAUAUUGGUAUACAUAUUAAACUAUAUCUUACAUAAGUCAGUAUCCCAAGCUGCUUUCAGUUUUGAAAUAGUUUCCCUUCCGAAGACUAUUGCUGUACUUUUUGGAAAGACUCUGCAUAUGGCUCUGCCAGCUUUGCAGUCACACCAGCGUAGGCAAGACUGUUUAUGCCAGUCCUUCCAUUUAACAGGAUUGCACUCACAUUUCUUGAACUGGCUGUUUUGCGGAAGACAAUUAUCAGGGCCUAAUUAGAACAGGCUGUAUUGAUACCCAGCUAAAAGUUGUGGUCACACUAAAAACAAUCAUUGCAUUUUACUCUCAGAGUGGAGCACAUCUCAUAUUUUAUCAUUUGGAUGGAGUAAUUUAAAAUAAAUUCCAGAGAACAAUGGUCACAUUGCUCGGCAGAUGUCACAAUAGAAUAACCACUUGUUUGGAGCCUGGCACAGUCGUACAGCCUAAUCAAAAUUAUUCUGCGUUGUUUUCAAUGUGCUUUCAGGGAGCUGUGUAUGUGUGCAAUUUGGAAACUUUUCUCUCUUACUUUACUAAUUUCAUAGUAAAAGUAUUUAGAAGGUGCUUUAAGAAAAACCAAUAUGGUUUUUUUUCACCAGCUUUAAAGGGGACUCUUUUACUGGACUAGUCUAGGCUAUAGGCACAUAUAAUGAAGUACAAUUGUAAAAAUGAAAGUUGGGAGAAUGCAAAAUGGAAAAGACUCCAAUACAUGUCUUCAUGAAUGUUUUAUCAAUAUGAUCAUCACAGUAUAUUAUGUUUUCAUUUCAUGCCUCUCAGCCUGAGCACUUCUUUCUAAAUGUAUCAGUGGGGGAAAACGCCAAUGGAUGACAAGGCAGGUGUUCGCUAUGCUUGCACCCCAGGUAAUUUCAGCCUGCACUGUGGCUAUUUGCUUGUGAGGACGUUCAAAUACAGCACUGAUGCUUAAACUUCUUCCAGGUGGCUCUUGGCUUGUGUUUUUUGAGCUUUUCAGAAGAAUAAUCAUGAUAAGGCACUCAAGAAAUAUACAACCAUAGUGCUUUCUUCAAAUCACAUGAGAAAUACUAUGCAUAGCAAAGAUAUGCAGGGCGGCCAGGAAUCUUUCAAGUUCCAGUAAAAUUUGCUUUGGAAUCUAACAGGAAUCUGGCCUGAGGAAGAAGAGAGGUCUCCAUCUCUAUGACUGGUAUUUGGAGGUUUUGUUUGUUUUUGCUUUUGCUUGGUGCAAAAAGAAGUUCACUGAACACCUAGACCAGAACUGAUUUUUUUUUUUAACAGAUGCUCCUUUUAUGAAGCACCUUGAUUUUGAUUUUUUGCAAAGUUGCAACGUCCCUCAGCAAGGGCAGGUAAUGGCACAAAGUCAAAAUAAUAUCAGUGUUUAGUUCACAAGUAGAUGUAAUUUACUAAAGAAUAGUGCCCACGUGCUAUAUACAACAUAACUCCUAGAAUUGUGUGAAAGAAGAUUGCAAAAUAAUUCAACGUCCAUUUUUGCAGUGGUAAUAAAAGGAAGCAUGGUAUUAAACUAUCAUGGUGGUUGAAAUAAAAAAGAAGAAAGGACUCUGGCAAGAUUAUACAAUUAGUGCUUUACAUGUGUUAGUUAUACAUUGUAAGGAUUUAUUCCUAGUAAGGCUAGUAGAACUAGCCUUCCUAAACUGUGUGCCUUAAACACUCACCCUCCAGAUCUUCUACGAAAAAUAAAAAGGGCACCAUCAUCAAGGCGGAGGGAGAUGCCUCUCAAUAUUCCUUUUCCUUAUGGAGGAUUCACUUGUCCGUUUGCACAAUGAAAGCGCUAGGAAUUCCUGUAGUCAAGAGAUGUGUUAAUGUUUUAAAAUCUGCAUUUCAAUAAAAUCUUUG